AACGUGUAACCAUAACAUAAUAUCAAGCCGUCGAUUGCUCGUUUAACAAACAAACGUAGGUGUGCUUAGAUCUCUUCCAAUACACUUUGAAUUCAGGUUAAUUUUUCGCGUUCAUGUUGUGCGCCAAUAAAGAACAGACGCUCUAAUAUUAGUAAAGUUAUUAUCUAAACAUGGCAGCAUGAGGAGCGCUGUGGCUGUAACACCGGCGAACGCUUCACGAGCACUUUUCUUGGAGCAUCCCGGUCCAGAGUGCGCCCGUUCGCUCGACAUGGAAAGUGCGUUAUUUAUCUAUUUAUUUUCACCGUCAACCUGACCGGUAUCCACCGUAGUACCAAUAUAGACACCGGUUAGAUCACACAGCGGACACUUACAUUGAUUGAUGCGAGCGCGCGUCCGAGCACCGAACCCCCGUCCCACAUGGAUUUCGGUUGCCACGACAAGGAUUCGGGCGAAGUGGAGUGCUACUUUGAAAUACAUUGUGAUACGGGCACGACUUGCGCUAUCACGAUACAAAUGCCAAGUCCUGAAGCCGUUGGAUGCGUCGAGAAAUGUGCCACAUUUUUUUCCUUCCUACUCAUUAUUGUCACCUUUCCGUUUUCACUGUUCGAAUGUUUUAAGGUGGUGCAAGAAUUCGAGCGUGCUGUGAUAUUUCGUCUUGGCCGCCUAAGGAAAGGCGGUGUCCGGGGUCCGGGACUUUUCUUUGUAUUGCCAUGCAUCGAUACGUAUAGGAAAGUGGAUCUAAGAACAGUGUCCUUCGAUGUACCACCGCAGGAGGUGCUUACAAGAGAUUCCGUUACAGUAGCAGUAGACGCCGUCGUCUACUACAGAAUAAAAGAACCAUUGAACGCCGUUAUCAGAGUUGCUGAUUACAGCGCAUCUACCCGCCUCCUGGCAGCUACGACAUUACGCAACGUGCUGGGUAUGCGAGACUUGGCCCAGUUGCUCUCCGACCGGGAAGCCAUCAGCCACAUGAUGCAGACCAACCUGGACGUAGCCACUGACCCUUGGGGAGUAGAGGUGGAGAGAGUAGAGAUUAAAGACGUUAGAUUACCAGUUCAGUUGCAAAGAGCAAUGGCUGCAGAGGCUGAGGCAGAUAGGGAGGCACGUGCUAAGAUCAUCGCCGCUGAAGGUGAAAUAAAGGCCUCAAAGGCUCUAAGGGAAGCUUCACUUGUUAUGAUCGACAACCCUACUGCCCUACAAUUAAGGUACCUGCAAUCCCUGAACACGAUAUCAGCAGAAAAGAACUCCACUAUCAUCUUCCCGUUUCCAAUGGACUUCCUCAAGACUUUCCUCACUGGAGCGGGCUCCAGUAUACCACCGCCUGAUUUUCAGAAUUAAAUAUUCAAACACAAAAAGAAAUAUGUUUCAUUUACGGUUUUUGGUUUCAUGAGUAUUUAUACAAAUAAAUUAAAUUGAAGUGUAUAUUUGUA